AUGGCAAACUGGUUGCGUUUAUCCCUUCAAUGCUCGUUUAUUUUAAUGUCAUCCUACUUUACUUUGCCGUUUCUCGUGAAACUUUCUGUGGGACUUGCCAAUAAUUUAUUUGCUUCUUCCAUAUCCUUCAAUUUGGAUACGCUUUACAUCAAUUGGAAUACUUCUUUCCCGGCGGUAACCGUUUGCGAAAUCUAUAAUGGCGAGAAAAUAUGGGAUUUGAGUGAGCAAUAUUUUGGCACAAAUCAUGACCUUCAAAUAGAUGAUUUUAUAGGCGAGGUUGUCUUCUUCCGCGGCACCUGCACUACAUGCGAUAAAUGUGAUCACAUCAAGUGUCCGCAUAAUUUUACAGAACUCUUGACACGGUAUCGUGGUAAAUGCGCUGAAUUGCUUCUUAAUUGUAGAUAUACAAAUCAACACUUUGACUGCUGUGAUGAGUUUUUACCCAUUCGCACGGAAUAUGGUAUUUGUUUUGCAUUCAAUUCGAAUCAGGCUCGCAAAAGUUCUCAAAUACGAUUUGCCAGUAAUCGCGAAACUGGCCCGGGCAAUUUAAAAUUCGACACUUCUGCCGAUAUUCAACUGCACAUCCAUUCCCCCAUUGAUAUUCCGCUUCCCUUCCUAGAGGGUAUGAUCCGGGAAAAUGUGUUGCUUGGUAGUACCAAAGAAAUUAUCAUCAACGUCAUGGAGUUAUAUAAUCACGAAAGUGUCUAUCAGCUCUCGCUCGACCAACGUCGCUGUCGCUUCAGCCACGAACGCACGGCCUGGGGUCAUCAUGUAGGUAUCUACGACUUUUACAGCUACCCCACCUGCAUUGUUGAGUGCGGUCUAGCAGCGCAGCUGCAACAUUGUAAUUGCAGUAGUCAUUUCCUAGCGCCAGCAGUGAAAUCUACUCGUCUAUCGGUGCCCAUAUGCGAUUAUCGUGGCUUAAGCUGUCUCACUAGACACUACGAAGAGAUACAGCUGGAACGAAAAUCAUGCGAUUGUAUGAGCUCAUGUGAGGAGCCAGAAUAUAAUAUCAUUUACAGUUCUUCAGAUGGCGAAACUGAAAGGGAUAUGGAAGUGACGCAGGUGCAAGUUGCCUUCAUUGAACUACCAAAGCAGCGUUAUAUUCGACGUGUCACCAAGACGCUACUGGAUUUACUGAUUUCAGUUGGUGGCAUUGCUGGCCUCUUCUUUAAUGCCUCUCUUGUGCGCCUCGUUGAAGUAAUAUUUUUACUCAAAGAAUUAAAAUGGAACGAUGUAAGGAGUCUGCUUUUGGGCACGGAAAUGUAAAUCAGUUGGAAAAUG